AUAAUAAUAUAAGAUUAACAUAUAAAGAUGUCUGCUCCAAGGUUGCCACCACUUCCAACCGUGCGAGAUAUAUUGAAGCUAUACCGUUUAAAUGCCAUAAAGCAUUUGUCUCAAAAUUUUCUCAUGGAUCAUACAUUUAUUGAUAAGAUUAUAGCUAAAGCAGGAAAUCUCGCCGGAAGUCAAGUACUGGAGGUCGGUCCUGGUCCAGGUGGAUUAACUCGAGCUAUUUUGAGAAGAGUCCCUGAACGAUUGAUAGUUGUAGAAAAAGAUCAGAGAUUUAAACCAACUUUAAACAUGUUAGCAGACUCGUUCAAUGCAAUUAAUGGAAAAAUGGAUAUAAUAUACGACGAUAUUAUGAAAACGAACAUGGACAGUCUGUUCCCGAUGGAGAAAAAAAGGAAUUGGAACGAUAAAUGUCCAGAUAUUUUUCUCAUAGGUAAUUUACCGUUCAGUAUAUCGACGCAUCUCAUAAUUGAGUGGUUACACGCCAUAGCCGAACAACGCGGGCCUUGGGCAUUCGGCAGAACGAGAAUGACAUUGACAUUUCAAAAGGAGGUAGCGGAACGUUUAGUAGCACGAGAAAUGGACCAACAGCGAUGCAGAUUGUCGGUAAUGGCACAGACUUGGACAUUUCCAAUACUUCGUUUUAUUAUACCUGCUAAAGCUUUUGUUCCAAAACCAGAAGUUGAUGUGGGAGUAGUGUCAUUUACGCCAUUAGUCAAUCCACGCACGCAACACGAUUUUAAAUUCUUUGAAAAGAUAACGAGGCACAUAUUCAGCUUUAGACAGAAAUACAACAUACGAUGUAUCGAAACUUUAUUUCCGAAAGAAUAUCGUAAAGAUUUGGCUUUGAUGAUGUUUAAAUUGGCUGACUUGGAUCCAACGAUUAGGGCGAUGCAACUUACUGUGACAGAUAUUGAUAGGCUAGCGUCUGCUUACAAAUAUCUGCUAGAGAAACAUCCAGAGCUCGAGUUGUAUAAUUAUCGUGCGUCUAAGCAUUUGUUACCACUAAAAAACACGAAAGAUGUUGUAGUGGAGGAUUAUACAGAGAUGAUGGAAGAACCAAAUACCCAAUCAGAGCAGUUUACACUUUAAAACAUACAUAAGUCAAAUUUCACUUUUAUUAAAUCGCAGAUUGUAAUGCAGCAAAUUAAUUCGUUACAAUGAAUUUCAGUUAGAACUGUCUGAGGAGGUUUGUAAAUAUACAUUUAUAUACAUACACAGUAUGGCUUAAUUCUUAAAUAAAAAUAUAGUACAAUGUACAAUUUGUGUUUUGCUUGUGUUAGAUGUAAUAAGAAUACUGUUAAUUAUCUGGAGAAAGAAAAUAAUUGAAGGAAUGAGAA